GUUCACUGAAACGAAAAGCAGCAGUCUGGCGGGAAAGAUUUGGUGCGGAGAAAGCUCCGGUGUUUCCGCACUAAGGUACAGUACUCGUAUGUACUGGUAGAUAUCUCCACCCCAUGGAUAGCUUGUCAACGGCCGCUACCUACCACGUAGGUAGACACUCACUGCAGUAUCUUAACUUCUUAAGGUCACCAUUCUGUAUCUUCAGUACCGUGGUAUCUUCAGCACGUUGAUCGUAUCGUCCCGUCCAGUAAAUUUGACGACUGUUUCCAGCCACCAUCUUUUCCACACACCGCUUUAUUCGCUCCCAGACUGCAUGCCCAGACCCUAUCUAGUAGGCUAGCAAACCGUUUCCUCAUCCUCGGCAUGUCACUAUGUCACUUUCUGAACUCUGGUCAUGUACGGGAGGUUGUUAGGUUUGGCCCUUUGGUUGUCCAGGCAAAACUCGACAUGGCAUGCAAAAAUGCUCCGCUGUGCGUUAUACCCCGAUCUCAAACCUUGCACAGUAUCGCCUGAAGCUCUAUGCCUUUUGGUUGUUGCGGUCAAUGGCCUUUGCGUGGCCAGUGAAUACGGUUCCCGAAUCAUAGGGCCAGUCCCCAAUGAAUUAUAGCGGGCAGGUUGCAGAUAAAAGGCUUCCGGGGGUCAACCGCUGAUUGGGGGCUAUCUAGCCUUACCGACAAAUCGAGUGCAAUUCUGACUCUUGACCAUGACCCCACCUUGUCGACGCUUGCGGUCCCCAAGCUCGCACCGACGAAUCACCUCCAUGGUCUAUGCCCUUCUCUUCGGAUGAUUGCAUACUGAUCAUGAGAACAACUCUGAAAGCAGUAAGCAGAUCUCUGGCGUUGUAU